AUGGGAACAAAGUUUAGAGCAUCAGUUAUCACUCUUUUUCUUUCAUCCCUCCUUCUUCAUCAGCUGGUGUUUUCGGAAUCCAACGAUGGAUUAGUGAGAGUUGGACUGAAAAAGUUUAAGUUAGAUGAAAACAACAGGAUCGCUGCUCCUCGACUUACCCCGCAACUACCGGAUUCUCAAAAGGAUGGCGUCACUGUAAGGCUAAAGAAUUACGAUAACAUGCAGUACUACGGUGAGAUUUCAAUCGGUACACCACCACAGAACUUCACCGUGCAUUUUGAUACAGGAAGCUCUAAAAUGUGGAUACCUUCAUCAAGGUGCUGCUUAUCUCGUUGGUGUUUCUUUGCCCGUCGUUCAAAAACAUCUAAAAGGAACAAAUACAAUUCCUGUCGUUCAAGAACGUAUAAAAAGAACGGAACAUCUGCUGAGAUACACUAUGAUUCAGGUUCAAUAUCUGGCAAUGUUAGCCAAGACAAUGUUAUAGUUGGUGGUUUAACAAUCAAGAAUCAGGGCUUUAUUGAAGCAACAAUACCGCCUGAUUCUGCGUUUCAGUCUAGUAAGUUUGAUGGCGUUCUUGGCCUUGGAUUUAAGGAGCUAAAUGAUUUAGGUGUUGUUCCAGUAUGGUACAACAUGAUGAAUCAGGGUCUGAUUCGGAAUCAAGUAUUCUCAUUUCGGCUUGAUAGAAACAAAAAAGAAGAGGAAGGAGGUGAACUUGUGUUUGGUGGGAUUGAUCCAAAGCAUCACAAGGGGGACCAUACUUAUGUCCCUGUGACCGGAAAGGGUCAUUGGCAGUUUGCUACGAGUAAUGUUUUAAUCAAUGGUCAAUCAAUAGGUGAGCUCUUUCAUCAAUCUUACAUAAAAGAUGAGCAUGAAAAAGAAAGAAAAAGAGAGAACAUGUCAUUUAUUGAUUAUAGAGUACAUUUUGAAGGUGUGUGCAGAUUUGAUUGUUCUACAGUUGUGGAUUCUGGAACUUCUUUGUUGUCAGGUCCAAUGACUGCAAUUACCAUGAUAAACCAUGAACUUGGAGUCAACGAAACAGGAUUAGUAAGUCAUGAAUGUAAGUCAAUUGUUGAAGAGUAUGGACAAACCAUUCUGAAAAUGCUCCCAGGAGAGGCUAACAAAAUUUGUUCCCUAAUUGGAUUAUGCCCAGUUAAUGGAACUAAGAGUAUCGAGGAAAGUGAUGAUAGAAGAACAAUAGAUGUUUACUCUAUGGGUAUGUGCAGAACUUGUGAAAUGGUAGUUGUAUGGAUGGAGAGUCGGCUAAUGAAGAAACAAACAGAAAAUAAUAUUUUAAACUAUGUUAAUAAGCUCUGUAAUUCACUGUCAAGACCAUUUGAAUCAUAUUUUGUGGAUUGUUCGCAAGUUUCCUCAAUGCCUAUAAUUUCGUUUUUAAUUGGCGAUAGAAAUUUUACUCUCUCAUCUAAGGAGGAUCUUGGGGGACAUGUUCAUGGGUCGUUAUCACACCGUAUUUGA